AAGAAACGAAAACAUUCGCUCGAACGAACGAACGAAAGAAAAUAGCAAUUCCCAAGUUCCCGCGCCGUUCUCCUGUCCCACCGCAAAGGUCUAAAGGUGUAAGGUGCAAUAGAGAGUUUUGAGAAUGUUGGAUUUACUUUAACACGAAACAAAGAAAAGGCGGAAGCGAGGCAGUAGCUGUAGCAGGUUUACGGUGGCGACUCGGUGGUGUUCCGUGGGUUCCAGUAACAACGACGACGACGACGAGUCAAAGCAAAACGGCAAUCAGCUGACCACCGGAGCGGGGACGGUACUCGUAGCGUAGCAUAGCGCAGCUCACCUAACAAGCAACGAGAGAAUGAUCACCCUCGCUCGCAAGAAGAAAGAAUCGAACAGUGGUGGGACCGCGGGAGCAGGCAGUAACGGGGUUUCCGGAGCGACCGCCACCGGGAACAGUUCGCUGGCGGACGCCCCGAAGCGGAUAUCGAUCCGAGAGUUCCUGCUGGUGAAGGAGGUCCAGGAGCUGGAACAGAAUCUGCCCACCACCUGCAAAGUUACGUUUCACGAUCCGAACGUGCUGAGCGAGUUCACGCUGGCGAUCACCCCGAACGAGGGUUUCUGGUGCGGUGGCCGCUUCAAGUUCAGCGUGCUCGUACCCGAAGAGUAUAACAUGGCCCCCCCAAAAGUCAAGUGUCUCACGAAGCUUUGGCACCCCAACAUCUCCGUCGACGGUGACAUCUGCCUUUCAUUGCUACGGCUCAACUCAAUCGACGGCCUAGGCUGGGCACCGACGCGGCGGCUCAAGGACGUCAUUUGGGGACUUAACUCACUCUUUACCGACCUGCUCAACUUCGACGAUCCGCUCAAUAUCGAGGCUGCCGAACAGUACUCCAAAGAUAAAGACCGCUUCCAGGCGAAGGUCCGCGAAUACGUCUUACGCGCAAAGAUCAUAGAUCCUCACACGUUCCAUUAGGCCGCGGCACUUGAACCGCCCUCCUCACGCGUCGGACGGCGGAUGAUAUUGCACGCGAUUAUCUUCUGGAAUGGCGCCGACCAAAACUAAGGAGAAAAGUCUUCACAACACACAGAUAGAGAAAAAGACGUUUUUUACUACUCGUUUAGAAAGUGUGGAAAAUGCAACGCGCCGGAAUCUG